UAUCAACCCAUUACAACUUCUUUUUCUCUCAAUCUCCUCCACAAAACCCUCAUAUUCACCUCCCAAAAUCCAAACUCGUACUAUCCAUACUACUCUAUCUCCUCCAUCACCACCAUCAUUUCUUAUCCUCUACCUCCAUUAACACCACCACUACUACAUCAUUUCUCCACUCUCUUUUCUAUUAUCAUUUUCUCCAUCUACUCCACUUAUUCACACAAUACAUAAUACAAGCUUCACUAUCUUUAAUCAUCAAAUCUUCAAGACCAAGAAUGAGAAGGAAUUACCACCACCACCAUCACCACUAAGACGUGAACUUGGGGACCAUCUGACACAACACUAAGCCAACUCUAUCCCUUUUACUGUAGAUUAUAUUUUGGGUGUUUAAUUUGAUUAUGAAGUUAGUAUAUGUAAUUAUGAGUGAGUAGUACUUUGUUGGGACUAGGGUUGAAAGUCUUAGCCAAACUUGUAUGAAUUGUUGUUUUAAUUUAUAUAUGAUGAUAUUUGUGAUUUUCAUCUUCAUAUGCUAAUUCAAGAAGUGAAUGUAUUCAUUCAAACUUAACUACUUUGAAUGUGUUGUGUUUGUCAUCUCAUGAAAAAAUAUUUAGGGAGUAGUUAACCUUAAGUAUUGAUAGCAUGAUAGCAUCCUCUAUGUGUAUGUGAAUGUUGUGAGUUAAAAUCAAAGCUUUAUGCAUCUAGGAACAAUUAAUUGAGACUUAACCGGUAAUAUGAUUUGUUCUUAGGUAGUUAAUUUUAGACUUAUCAGGUUGGAAUUGAUAAUAUUAAAGGAGUUUAAGCCUUUCUAGUUCUUAUCCGGAUGCAAAGAGGGUAAUUGGGAAAUUAGAAUAACAUCACUUGUAUUUGAACUUCAAUACUUGCAAGGGAGGUUAGUGGUAGACAAUCCAACCCCUAACUUCAUCCAUUAUAUUACUAGUUUAGUUUAGUUUAUAGUUGAGUAUUUAUUUUAAUUUGGUUCACCACUCUAUUCAACAAAUAAUUUCACUACCACCACAAUGCACAUACUCUCUAUCUGCCUAGAUUUUCUUGUGAAUUUAGGUUUGUGAUUGUACAUUUGCAUAUUCUAGCUCUCCUUUGGUUAACACCAUAGCUAGUGAAAGGAAUCCAAUCCUCGUGGGUUCGACAAUUUUUCUUAAAUCCCUAUACUAUUACUUGUACCUCUUAUACUUGAGGGUGACUAUUUGGCUAACAUUCAAUGCAACCACGGAAGAGUAAAACUGAUUGCGUCUUAAUUCUCCACCCCAAUCUUCCAACAAAGGAUGAACCAUGGCUGGUACCUGAAUCGUAUUGGCGCUGUGAGACACUGCAUCAGUAUAAAUAAGAGUUGCAUCUCCUCUAACGAGAUAGAUGGAAAUAAGAAUAGAUAAAUUCCAGAAGCCACAAAGAAGCCGCUGCUAACAUGUACGCGGAAACCUUUACUAGUAUGAUGACUAGCAUUGCCUCCUUGAUCCAUGACUCCAUAAGAAGACAGCCCUGGUAGAGGUUUUUGGGAGAUAGAGAGAAAGUGAGUAGUUAGCGUUAAAAAGUUGCAAACCAAGUGAUAAUUUUAUUAAUGUUAAGAUAAAUGUUGAUGGAUCUUUUUUCCCCAGUGUUAGUUCUGGGGGUGUUCUUUGAGGGGGGGUGUUUUAGGUAAUGGUCAAGGUGCUUUUUUGGCUGUUUUCUCUAUCAGAAAAUCCUAUGUGACUUCACCUCUUCAUGUUGAAUUGUUAGGUACAAAACAAGGGCUGCUCUUGCUUAUGGAGUUGGGGUCGAACAAUGCAAUAUUGGAGAAUGAUUGUUUGGCUGCGGUUAAUGCUAUUUUAAAUCUCCAUCUUAAAAUCUAUCGAGAUUGAGUGAUCUGGUAGCAGACAUCAAAGAUAUGUUGUAAGCUUGUUAUUUAUUUUCUUUAGUUCAUGUCAAUAGGCAAGCUAAUAAGGUAGCUCAUAGGCUAGCAAACCUCAAUUUUGAUUCUGAUAUUCAAACUGAAUGGUUCAAUAUCAUGCUCCAGAUUGCUUAUCGGAUGCCCUUUUAGAUGAUCUUAAUCGUGUUUAUGAAUAAAAUCUUUUGUUUCGUCCAAAAAAAAAAGAAAAAAAAAAAACAAGAAAUUUAUCAUAUAUGAGAGAUAAAAUAUGAAAUAACCACAAAUAUAAUUUUUUUUUUGUUUGAAAGGACCACAAAUAUAUAUAUUUUUAACUUCAAGAUUAGUUAGUGAAUCUUGUUGUAAUGUUGUUUUAGUUUGGACUAUUGUAUGGAUUUAUAGUCUUAAUAAAUUAAACUGGAAUCUGUAAAUCAACCGUGUAGUGAACACAAAGCUAGUCAAGAAAUAUUCGGUUGAGGGAGUUAUAUCAGGUAUUAAUCGGGGCUAGCCAUUAUUUGAGAAUUGACUAGACGAGUCAUUUUAUAAGUUUAGUUUAUGCUUUCCAACCACUGAAGCAAUUAAUAGGAAACCCAGUUCUUUCUCUCUUUAAUUAAUUGCCAGUUAAUCAAGCUAGCUAGCAAGGCGAGGUUCAAAUAGUGCAGUUGGAGGAAACUAGGACCCUCCCUCACUUUGCAUCAUUGUGCCCCACACCCACUCUCCUUCCAGCACAUGAUGAUGCUUUUCCUGUUGUUCUUGUCUCUUGCGUCUCACGCCUCCUCAUCAAAAGAGCAACACAUCAAAAGCAUUUUCAUCCUGGCCGGACAGAGCAACAUGGCCGGCCGCGGAGGCGUUGUAAACGACACUCUCACCGGAAUCACCACCUGGGACGGCGUCGUUCCUCCAGAGUGCCUCCCCAACAAAUCCAUCUUCCGACUCAGCGCAAACCUCACGUGGGUUGAAGCCCGCGAGCCUCUCCACGCUGAUAUCGACGUGGAGAAGACGAAUGGGAUCGGACCCGGGCUGCCAUUCGCCAGUGCGAUCCUUGCCAAUCGUGCUAGUAGUAUUGGUGCGAUUGGUUUAGUCCCGUGCGCAAUCGGCGGGACUAACCUAAGCCAAUGGGAACGAGGGUCUUUCCUAUACAGACAGAUGAUUGGGAGAGCCAAGGCGGCUUUGUUAAAGGUGAAUGAUAAUGGCGCCUCAAUCAGGGGACUACUCUGGUAUCAAGGUGAGAGCGAUACGACUAGUAUAGAAGACGCCCGAUCUUACAAAGCCAGAUUGGAAACCUUCUUUGGAGACCUCCGGUUGGAUCUGCAAUUUCCUAUGCUUCCAAUAAUCCAGGUUGCAAUUGCAUCUGGGUCAGGACCAUACAUAGAGACCAUUAGAGAAGCUCAGAUGGGAAUUGACCUACUAAACGUGCGAACCGUUGAUGCCAAGGGUCUAACAUUAGAACCUGAUAGGUUGCACCUCACUACCCCGAGUCAGGUUCGACUAGGGGAAAUGUUGGCUAACGCAUAUUUUCAGUUAAUUCCCAGCACGAUAAGCAAUAAUGCUCGGAGAAAUGGACAUCCUUGUUUGAUCAUCCAUUUUGUUAUUGGCUUGUUAUGGAAAAUUUUGACUACAUAACUUCAUUAAUCUAAUUUAUCAAAUUAGUUCAAACUUCAUUGAGUCAUUAAUUAAUAUGCUCAAGUCAUUAAUUUUUGCUUUGGGUAGAUGCCAAGCCAAGCUAGCAAUCUGUCCUAUGAUUGUGGGGCUCCAUAAUAUAUCAUAUCCAUGUAGGUGAAGAAUGUAGGACGUGGAAUAACUACUCAACAGUUAAUCAUCGAGCCUUUUCUUCUGGGUUUAGACAAGCCCAGUGCCCCAAUCAAUAAACAUUAUCUCAGUCCUCUUGGAAUCUACCAAGUACCUACCGGUUGUUGGAUAAAAACUGGAAAGAAUUACGUAUGGCUGGGGGAGUUUGUUGAGCUAAAUAGUUUCAUCAUAUUGGGGAAAGAGUAAAUUGUGGAGGAAAUUGAUGGGGAGAUAGGACAAUACUUUUGUUUGCUAUAUUAGCCCUCUCCUCCUGGUUGAUAAUCAGAAUCUCACUAACCCAACCAAACCCUUUCAUCCAUAUAUAAGCCCAUCAAUCAUGGUAAGAUAAUUGCAAUUCGUUCAUAUUUCUAUGCAAUUUGCUAGCCAAGUCUUAAACAGUUGGUCUUUUUUGACCUAACGGAUAAUUUAUAAACAUGAA